CGUAUCUGGUGAAAAUAGAGCGCCGCACGGAGACCCAAUUUCGCGAAAAACACUCGCUCUCGGAAAGGGAUAAAGGCGGAAAUGGGACUCGGCGUACGGGAGCGUCGCGAUGUACGCGAAAACUUGUGAUAACGGUGGCGGACGAGCGUGAUAAAGUCGGGAGUCUAGAACACCGUUGCGAUGAAUAUUUUAGACGAAUUAAUAAACGGGAAAACCGCCACGGGGUGACGUGCUGCGAGGGGGCGUGACGUCGACAUUGCCGUACGAAAAUGAAGCAUGUCGGGGUCGUGUUUUUCGGUUUGUUGUUGGUCCGUUGCCGAUCGCAAAAACCGAACGUCGACAACAGGCGACACGACGUCUACAUCGCGGGAUUUUUCCCGUUCGGCAGGGGUGUCGAAAAUUCGGACACUGGACGGGGAGUCAUGCCAAGCGUCAAGCUAGCACUGGAUCACGUAAACGAACACACUUCCGUGUUGAAAAACUACAGACUUCACAUGUGGUGGAACGAUACCAUGUGCAACGCUGCGGUCGGGGUCAAAGCCUUCUUCGACAUGAUGCACAGCGGGCCGCACAAGCUGAUGCUGUUCGGGGCGGCUUGCACCCACGUCACCGAUCCCAUAGCCAAAGCGUCGAAACACUGGCACCUAACGCAGCUGUCGUACGCGGACACGCAUCCCAUGUUCACCAAAGAGAACUUUCCGAAUUUUUUUCGCAUAGUUCCGUCGGAGAAUGCGUUCAAUGCCCCGCGUCUCGCGCUGAUGAAGGAAUUUAACUGGACAAGAGUGGGCACGAUAUAUCAGAAUGAGCCGCGCUACUCUCUGGCUCACAACAGGUUAGUCGCAGAAAUCGACAUGAUGGGUUACCAGGUGGUCGAAACGCAAAGCUUUACCAACGAGGUGUACACGGCAUUGAUGAAACUCAAGGAGAAGGAUACCCGUAUCAUUUUGGGAAAUUUUAACGAGCGAUGGGCUAAACACAUCUUCUGCGAAGCUUACAAGCUUGAAAUGUACGGCAGGAAGUACCAGUGGCUGAUAAUGGGCACGUACAAGUUCGAAUGGUGGAAACGAAUCGAACCGGAAGUGAACUGCACCCUGGACGAGCUCGAACUGUCGUUGGAACAGACCAUCUUGACGGAUUUACUACCCCUGUCGACUAACGGGGAAAUUACGGUAUCGGCAAUUACUGCCGAUGAGUACAACAGCGAAUACAACUCGCGGAGGGGCAAGGAGUACUCUCGAUUCCACGGCUACACCUACGACGGGAUAUGGGCCGUAGCGUUGGCCAUACAAAAUGUCGCGCACAAAAUCAAAUACUUCCGGAGGAAUCAGACCGUCAACGAUUUCCGCUACAGGGAUCCGCUCUGGGAACGCCUGUUUCUGGAUGCUUUGAACAACACCAGCUUCGAAGGUGUUACGGGUCCGGUCAGGUUUUACGACAACGAAAGGAAGGCGAGCAUUUUGAUAAAACAGUUCCAGGAAGGCAGAGAGGUGAAAGUGGGGGAAUACAGCGCUGCCAUACACCAUUUGGACUUGUCGCUUGGCGACGAGCUUAAGUGGACUGGGAACUACCCUCCCAAAGACAGGACCUUCCUGAAAAAGGAACAUACGCGGGUUAACAAAACUGUCUACGCGAUACUCGCAUCGUUGGCGUGCUGUGGCAUCCUGAUCGCGGGUUUCUUUCUGGGGUUCAAUAUUAAAUACAGGAACCAGAGGUACAUCAAAAUGUCCAGCCCGCAGCUGAACAACUUGAUCAUCAUCGGGUGCAUGAUAACUUACACCAGCAUCAUAUUUUUGGGGUUGGAUUCGGAACUCUCCAGUAUCGAGGCGUUCCCGUAUAUCUGUACGGCGAGGGCGUGGACUUUGAUGGCGGGUUUCUCAUUGGCCUUCGGGUCCAUGUUCAGCAAGACUUGGCGAGUUCACUCGAUCUUCACCGACGUCAAACUCAACAAAAAAGUGAUCAAGGAUUACCAACUGUUUAUGGUGGUGGGAGUGUUGCUUUGCGUGGACGUCGUGAUAAUGACCACGUGGCAGAUAGCCGACCCGUUCUACAGGGAAACCAAGCAAGGCGAACCUUAUCCUGAUCCUUCCAAUGAAGACACGAUCAUCAUACCAGAGAACGAGUACUGCGCUUCCGGCAAAAUGUCAAUUUUCAUCGGAUCGAUCUACGCGUACAAAGGACUUCUAAUGAUAUUCGGGGCUUUCCUGGCGUGGGAAACGCGUCACGUCUCGAUACCAGCCCUCAACGACAGCCGUUACGUCGGAUUUUCCGUUUAUAACGUUGUCAUAAUGUGCAUACUGGGCGCUGCGGUAGCGCUCGCGCUCGUAGACCACCAGGACGAGAUGUUCCUGCUCAUAAGUUCGUUUAUAAUGUUCUGCACCACGAUAACGCUGUGCCUGGUGUUCGUGCCGAAAAUGAUCGAGCUUCGUAAAGAUCCUGGCGGCCACAUCGACAAACGGAUUCGCGCCACCUUGCGGCCGAUGUCGAAAACACGACGGGACUCGAGCAUAUCCGAGUUGGAAACGAAACUAAAAGACCUGAAAGACUUGAACGUGAAGUACAAGAAGACGCUGCUGGAUCGUGAUUCAGAAUUGCAGAUGCUGAUCAGGCAACUAGGCGACGAAGCCAAAGACAUCCUCGAAGAGAAGACGGAGGACUCGGUGAGCGAUACCAACCGGCUCUCGGUGCCGCUCCUGAGGAAGGAAGCGCCGAGUGCUACCGAAACCAGCGACCUAACCUCACUUUGUAGUUUAAGUUCACAAGCGGCCGAUUACACUUCCCUCCAUAGGACCGAAAGCCACAAGCGAAGAAGGCAGCCGCAAAACGAGUCGUCCCCGAAGAAGCCGCAGAAUUCUCCCAAAGCCAAAAAAUACGACGACAGUCAACCGAAACAAGUGAACGGGGCCAUAACGACCACGUACGCGUCAGCUGUCAACCUCAAACUGGAGAAUGUCAAGGUUGACAGUAACUACAACAGCGUCAAAGAGUUGAACGUGGUAGCGCUGAGCGAGAUGCAAAAAUGCGAAGCACAGAUGCCUCCAAGCAUCGAGGAGCCAGAACUGAAGGACAUCAAAGAAAUUAAAGAGACCACCCCCAGAAAACACGAAAGGAAGACGCCGACACACGAACGGAGGCCCUCCAGGACGAUAGAUUCGAUCGAAUUGCACGACAAGCGCCGGCUUAGCAUCGCCAAAGUAGCCAGCGAAGUACUUGAGGAGAAUGUUAACGAGCUGGCAUGUUCGCGACGUACCAGCAUCCCCAAUUCACGCACCACCACCCCUAAGAAAAAGCCCGAUUGCGGCACCCACGUAGUGGCUAAAAGCGAACUGUGGGACACGGGCAGUCAGCACCGUUGCGCUAAGUCGCACCAAAAAAGUAGCCGGGUCAGUCUACCCCAGCAGGACGACGAAGAAAGCCACAUCCACCGCACGGUCUCAGAACGGAACCGUCAUUCGUCUCAGAAACGUGAAAAGUCGCCGGCCAAGCAUCAGCAUCAGCAGCAACAGCAAUCAGAAGACGGCAACAUAUGCAACCAGCAGUGCAACAAGUUGGGCUACUUCCAGAGCACGCCUAACGUGGCAUCGCUAAAAGCCAACACCCAUCCACCGAAGAGGGACAAGUCGAUGUACAACGCGACAUCCGAAGGGGAGUUGCUGGACAGGGAGAUUCUGCCGAUAUUCCAGAAACUGCUGACCGAACGUAAUAAAAGUCAGCACAACAUUAACUACUCCUUCGGCAGGUCGUGUCCCAACAUCUCGAUCAAGUGUGAUAUCGUCGAAUACCUAUAAGUUUUUAUUAGAUUGCUAAAAAUCCUACGCGGCAGUUUAGCUAAAAGAGUCCGUUUGCACCGACUAUUGGCUCCUUGGUUAGUUUUGGUAACCGUUGGUUCCUUUAGCGUGGAAAAAAUAGGGCGAUGACUGUGAGCUGGCCUAAUUGCAAUUGGGGAACAAUUGUUUCCGGGGAUCAAGGCGAAUACCAAAGAAUUUGUUGUUUAAAGGUUGAACGAACUGUUGUCUUGACUAGAACUUUUACCAGCUAAGGUUUCGCCGUCACAAAAAAUAUAAUCAUCAAUAUCAAGACAAAGUCAAAACAAUAUAAACGUAAAACAAUUAAAUAGAAACACAUGCACAUAUGAAUACAGGAUUAUUAAAAUAAAUAUGGGCAAAAAAAAGAAAGAAAACCGUGAAUACAGCUUAUUAUUGAUUAAAAUUACUCUCGAUUCCUGAACCGAAUAGAAGCAAUGAGCAAGCAGAUAUUCUUUCAUCGCUCUUUUAAAUUUUUUGUUAGAAUUAGAAACAGACUUUUAAAUCCUAUGAGUGAUGAGAGUUAUUUUUUACUUGCGGAAAUCAUUUAAUUACUCAAUUCAUUUGCAUAUGCGAUAAACAAUAGCGGACCCAAUAUUGAGCCUUGCGGUACUCCAUAUUUGAGAUCCUGGGCGUUUGACAGUUAGUUGUUUAAAAAAACCAGUUGAGAGCUAUGUUCCAGAUAACUUUCGUUCCAUAGCAUUUUUUUUAAAUAAAAUAGCACGGCACCUCUGAAGUUAGGAACGUUAGGAAGCAAUUCCAAUCAACGGCGGUCUUUAGAUCCAGAUUUUCAUGCCCCACGAAGUCCCUUUCCUGCAUAUCCAGGUACACAGUGUCCUGUGUAUCAAAGUUUUCAGGUUUGCCGACAUAGUGUCAUUUGAGGGAUUCUUCGUGAGAAGUUCUAUUAACCUUAGUGCAUGUUCCAAACCUUUUAAUUUUUUACAAGAAUAUUUUGUUUUUCCAUUCAACUGGCACGUAUAAAACCGUUUUCUUGUAUCUGGUAAAAACUGAACUGCAGUUCCUGUCGUCUUUGUCGCACUUCCAACGGAAUACUUGUCGUUUUAGAUGAUCUUCUGCUAGUUUAUCGAUAGUAAAUGGUUUGGGAAUUUAUACCAUCUUAUUGUGUUCCUCGCCAUAUUAUAGGUUUUGCAAAGUUUGUCCACUCUGUCUACCACUCCUCUUCUGGUGUUAUAGAGACAUAUCUGCCCUUCAGUUCCUGAUAUAAGAAAUGCGGGCCGUUCCACAACUUAUUGGGUUGCUUGGUAAGUAUUGCUUAAAACCACAUCUUCCCCUUAAUGCUAAUAAUUCUACAUAAAUGGUUACGUUUGCACUUAAAGUGUAGGAAGUUUUACAUAUCAAACAACUGCUGUAUUGGGACCAAUUUGUCUUUGUAAUAAAAUUAAAAUCUGAGUUUUCAUCUCAUAUUUCCUUGGUACUGAGGCGACUGUUUUCUAGUGGAUCGCCAAGAAAUAAUAAUAAUAAUAAAUAAUAUCUGUCUGCGGACUUGGCAAGGGUUUUAACAUCUGUUCAUACUGUUCCAUCCUGAGCAAUAAAGGAACACUUUUGUUUCUGUAAAUUGGGCGCUUAUCAUCACUCUGAGUUUUAUUAUUUUGCUCUGAAUCGGUAUCUGAAGUUAAAUGCUCUUCAGUAAUAUCACUAUCACUAUCAUCUUCUAAUCUUCUUCUAAUAAUGUUGCCAGUCUUGCUUGUUCUUCCUCAAAAUAAAAAAUUAUUUCAAAACAAGAAUGAAACUUACCAAUUUAAAGAUGCGCGUAAAUCGCCACAAAAAUUAAAUUCGGAACUGGUAUUCACUAACCUGCACAUAGCGUGGUUUUCUUUGUAAAUAACGAUUUGCAUACACCUAAUCCGUUGUCCCCUUUAACUUUUCAAAAUGCUGUAUCCAAACUUUUUGACGAUCUGUUAGCCACCAAAGUCGAAGUCUGAGGUAAUACUAACAUGUUUUGCACUGGUGGCUAAUAGUAAAUACCAGUGGGACGCUUAUUAUUUAUUAUAAGGUAUCAGUAUUAGAAAAAUAUAAUAACUACCACACAGGAGCGGCACACAAAAAUUGUGAACUGGUUUUGGGGAAACCCAUUAAUAUGCAAAACUAAAGAAGAAAAUUCGGUGUGCGAAAUAAGUAAGGAUUGCAAAAGCAAGGUACUUCAAAUUUGCCAAUGACACUGCAUUAGUUUACUCGGGUGAUAGUGCGGAACUGCUUGAAGAACUUGUUAAUAAAGAUUUACAGCAGUAUUUUGAGUGGCUGUUCUAUAAUAGACUUUCCUUAAACGCCUAAAAAACAGUUUAUAUGAUAUCUAAACAGACAGACAAAGCACUUUGUUACCCAAAUAUAAAAAUAAAACUAUAUCUGAAAAUCUAACUUGGGAUAAACAUAUUGAGACCGUAAUUGACAAAACUGUAUCAACGGUAGGUGCAAUAAAAAGAUCAACUCACCCAAAAAACAAGACAGCUGCUUAAUAAUAGCUUCGUAGAGCCACACCUUGCUAACAUGCUGGGGAAAUACCAGCAUAGCACAGCAACAUAAAUUACAAAGGUUACAAAGUAAAGCAAUUAAAGUAAUAUUUGGAAUAUGUCUAGUGAAGAAAUCUACACAUGUUAACCUUAUUUAAAAAUAUGUGAAAUUAAGAUACUAGAUCAAACAAAAUUAAUUUACUUAAUUCAAAACAAACGGACAGUGUUACAGCUACAGCACAAGAAACAAUGAUAAGUUAAGAAAUGUAUACGCAAGGACCAAAAAGAAACAAGACUCGCCAAUAUACAUAAGCAUUCAAGUAUAAUAAAUGUAUAAUUAAUAAAAAACCACAAACUCUAUUAAAGGGCACUACCAAGAAAAUGUGUCAUAACCUUAAAGAUUUUAUAAGAAAAAAUAAAAUAUAAACUUACAUUAACAAACUGUUAUAUUCAAUUUUACUAGAAUAUUAUAUAUAUUUUUUCUGUUACUGUUUUUGUAAGGCCUCGGGGCCAGUUUUAUUGUUAACUGUUUGGAGGUCUGAAAUAAAUUUAAAACAAAAAAUAGUUACUUCAUGUGCAAUGUGCAUGCUUAUAAAUGUCCUAAAAUUAAAUCUCAUAUAAACGACAUAAUAUUUAGGUAAGGCAAAGCAUGGGGGCAUAAGUUGGCAGUUUUUAGCCUUUCAAUAAUUUCAACUCGUUGGAAAAAUAUUACUAAAACACUGGUAUGGCUUCAUUAAGCCCAAUCUGGUACCUCUGUGACAAAAGGUCACAUGUAUCAAUAACAUUUAGUAAUAAGAAUCAAUGACAUCUAUCACGCUCAACUUAAACAAAAAAUUGACAGGCCAAAACCUGCUAAUUGUUAACAAACGCUGUGUAUAAUUUUUAGAAAAAAUAUUCAACAUUUCUCUUCAUAAAGUUUAUGUCCAAAGGUAUUGAAAGUUUAAAGCCCUAUUUUGUUUUUUAAAUUGUGAUCUGAUUGAAACAACAUUAUUUUAAAAAACCUCUACAAAAACAGGGAUAGAUAAUAAAAUCAUAAACCGAAAUAACUGUCAAAUAUCUUUCAAGGCUUUCGAUAAACUACACAUAUGUUCUCAAUUUUGUCACUAAGAAAUAUCAAAUAAAAAUGAAUGCUACGUGCAACACAUUACCGAUCCUAUGAAAAGAUGCUCGGUGCAAACGGCAGCCAUCUUUAUUUUAAAUUUUUGGAGCUGUAUUUACAUGUAAAUGCUUGUAAAUAGUUAAAAAAAAAAAACAGAAUACCUAAAUAGGACAUGAUGACUGACAUCGAAGUAAAAUACUUUCAGCGCACGAACAAUAUUCCUCUAAACUUACAAAAACAAAAAACUUUCUGUCACCUUUAUGGAAACGUUAAAAUGGUCGCAGACAAUCACGCCGCUUUUAUUGAGUUCCUAAUGUGCAGCCAUCAGAUUUAGGCUAUUUUAUAUACAGAAGGUCGGAUAUUCCUAAAUUUCCAUUAUGUAAUAUGCACACGGUCUUGAAAGUUGCGUAUUUUUUUGGAAGAUGUUUUUUAGACCACUUUUUAAAUACUUAUUUCAUCCAGUACAAAUAAUUAAUAUUCCUUUUCUGCAGAUUCAAUUGUGCAUGCUUAUAAAUGUUCUAAAAUGAGUCAAUUAAAUCUCAUCUAAACCUCAUAAUAUUUAGAGGCACACAUAGACUUCAGAUACUUGACACAACAAAGCAUUAUGAUCCAUCUACAUUUGACAUUUAAAAGCUAAACCUGUAUAUAUAGCCGAGUAAGCACUAUGUAGGAUAAAAUUUGCCCUUUCAAAAUGAACAACCAAAAAUGUAACCCUACAGUGUUUACAUAACACUCAAUUUUAGGAUUUGCUUUUUACAGUGAUAUACCAUCAAUGUUACCGUUAAAUAGAAUUGUCGUUUGUUAAUCUACAAGAGAUAUCUCCAUGGUUGUGUUAUAAUUAGAACAUGUUGUAUAUUUAAUAAGUUUAAGGAUUCAAUGUUAUAAACUGUACAAUAAAAUCUAAAUCCAAUAUUAUUUGCUUUUAUUCGUCAACGGAUUAACCAAAUAUAAGAUUAAAACAACAUUAAAUGCCCAAAAAUUUAACACAACCCUAUCCAAGCAACAAAGUGUACGAAUAAUAGAAUAAUUCUUAAAAUAUAUAUUUACUUUUUAUUAAACGUGAGUUGACUGAGAAGUGGCACAUUAUUUGAAAAAAUUUUACCUACUGCAUACAGUGAAAGAAUUAAAUUUGCUUGAUCCUGUCUGUAGCUGUAGUGUCUUCCUCCCUCUUAGGUAUAAUAAAUGGUUUAAUGGCGUAAAAUCCAAAGUGCAGACUCAUGGCAGCUACGGCUAGCGCAAGAACGAAACGCCCUUUCGUCGAAAAUAUAUCCAUAUUUUUAUUGUAUUUAAUAAUUUUUUGCUUAAUUAGAUUCCAUAUGAUACAUUUAACAUAAUCUGCUCAAAUAGCUUACGAGAUCAUGGAGUAUACAACUGGUAGAGACCUCGGAG